UUCUUCUCUUUAUAUAUCUUCUUUUCAUUUUCCAUUGUUGUUACUUUUCUCCCCUUACAUUUGUGUGUGUUGAAGGUGGCUAAUUCAUCAAGAGAGGAUUUUUACGCCCAAAAAAGGGUCGGUGUCGAAAACGAGGCUUUCGAUUCGGAGAAUGGGAGUUAUUUCACUGAUUGGCUGAAUUCGCUCGACUUUUCCGGCGUUGAUAGGGAGCAAGAGAUGGCGGCUAUGGUUUCGGCUUUGGCUCGUGUGCUGGCCGGAGAUGUGGCGGCUGAUGGCGGCAGUUGUUCGUCUUCGUCGCCAUGUGGUAAAAGGGCACGUGAUGAAGAUACGCAAUAUUGUUAUGAAAAUUAUACUGAUUUUGCCAUUGGGAGUUCUUCAAACUUGGGACCAUCAUCAUCUUUAGCAUACCUCCAUCUNACUAUCAAUUCAAGUCAAAUCAAGCCAACCAUCAUAACAUCACCAAACUCAAUCUACACUUACACCCCAACUCACCCUCAAGAAGCCGCAAACGUCUCGUCAAGAAGGAACCGAAAGUACAGAGGCGUGAGGCAGAGGCCGUGGGGCAAAUGGGCAGCCGAGAUUCGAGACCCUCACAAAGCUGCCCGUGUCUGGCUCGGCACCUUCGACUCGCCCGAGGCCGCUGCCCGAGCAUAUGACGAGGCUGCCCUCCAUUACAGGGGAAACAAGGCCAAGCUCAAUUUCCCCGAAAAUGUUCGGCUCCUUCAUUCUAACGAUCGGGGACAAUUUGGUAAUUUUGGGUUUCAGGGGCAGUUUGGUAAUUUUGACUUGGGGCGUACGGGGCCUGAGUUGAUGAUGGGUUAUGAUACUCCCGGCUUGCAAUCUUAUGCUCCGGCAAACGAUGCUUAUCGUGUGGAUUUUCCGGCGGCUGAGCCGCCGCCUGAGAUGGAUGUCCGGCGAGCAGGCCGGCGAGAUUGA